AUGGCGCUGUCUCCCUGUGGAAACCAGUCAGCUGUGCCCACCACGUUCCUGCUGCUAGGGCUACCAGGCCUCUGGGAGACCCGCCUUGGCCUGUGUGCCCUCUUCCUUCUCCUCUACCUGCUCACCCUGGUGAGCAACCUGCUACUGCUGGCAGUGGUGUGGGUUGAUACCCACCUCCAUGUGCCCAUGUACCUGCUGCUCUGUGCCCUCGCCACCUCUGAGACCUGCUUAAGCCUGGCUGUGGUCCCCCAGAUGCUGGUGGCACUAGCAUCCCUCCAUGGCACAGCCAUUCUCUCCUACCAGGGCUGCAAGGCCCAGAUGCUGCUGUCGGGUGGCUGGGCUUGCACCAAUUGCUUCCUGCUGGCUGCCAUGGGCUAUGACCGGGCCGUGGCAGUGAGUGACCCCCUGAGGUACACCACCCGCAUGGGCCACCAUGUCUGCAUUUGUCUGGUGGUGGGAUGUUGGCUGGGAGGCUUCAUAGUAGCAGGUGGCAUGUGUGGGGCCAUUUUCUGGAUGAGCUACUGUCCGGGGCAGAACCCCUUGAACCACUUUUUCUGUGACAUCCCUCCCUUGCUGGCGGCAGCCCAGGGAGUCACAGCGCCCAGUGAGGCCGCUGUGCUUCUCCUCAGCCUGCUGGUUCUGGGUGGCUCCGUGGUGGCCAUUGUGGCUUCCUAUGGCUCCAUCCUGGUGGCCGUGCUGAAGGUGCACGGGGGCAGGAGCUGGCACCGGGCCUUCGCCACCUGUGGAGCUCACCUUACUGUGGUGGUACUGCAUUUCGGCUGUGCCAGCUUCAUCUACUUGAGGCCCAAGGACCGCUACACCCUGGAGAGGGAUUGUCUGCUGAGCAUCACCUAUGCAGUGGUCACCCCCUUCCUCAACCCCCUGGUGUACAGCCUCCGCAACCGUGAGGUCCACACGGCCCUCCACAAGCUGCUGGUCCAGAGGCGAGUGGAGGGGUGA